AUGAAGGCCAAAAGCAAAGGUGUGAAACGUCGCCACACGGUCAGCGAGGACGCCUUGUGCCAAGAGGCAGCCCAGAGCAGGGAUGAGCUUCUGAAAUGUUCCCGGCGCAAAGAGAAGAGGAAUAAGGAGAGCCCGAAGGCUGCCUCCCGUCCCGCAAAGCUCCCUUGGAGCAGCAGAGACAGGCGCUUGAGGAGGCUGGAGAGCAACGAGCGAGAGCGUCAGCGCAUGCACAAGCUCAACAACGCUUUCCAGGCCUUGAGGGAAGUCAUCCCUCACGUCAGGGCGGAGAACAAGCUCUCCAAGAUCGAGACCCUCACCUUGGCCAAAAACUAUAUCAAGUCGCUCACCUCCACCAUUCUCCGGAUGUCCAACGGGCACCUGCCACCCGUCGAGGGCUCCGGUUCCGGAAGCAGGUCCAAACUGUACGAACACUAUCAGCAGCAGUGUGGGGAGGACGACGAGCCGGCGGAACAGCUCCAGAAAUACUCCACCCAGAUCCACAGCUUCAGGCAAGGCAGCUGA